UGCCGCUUGAUGCUGUUUGCAACAAGAAGGUCUCGUAGCAUUGAACAGCUCGGACUGAGCAAACUAAGUUCCAUGCCAUCGCAUUGCGCAUCUUUGGAACUUGCCUGGAGCCAUGGGCGCAGCUAGCGUCACCCCGAAAGUCACAAGCCGCGCCUUCUUCGAUGUCAGCAUCGGAGGGAAAGAGACGGGGAGGAUAAUCUUUGGGCUGUAUGGAGAGCACGUGCCAAAGACUGUGGCAAACUUUGAGACCAUGUGCAAGUGUGACAAAGGGCCACCACUGUGCUACAAGGGCUCGCCCUUUCACCGAAUUAUUCCAGGCUUCAUGGUGCAAGGUGGCGACACCACCAGAGGUGACGGAACUGGGGGAGUGUCCAUUUACGGCGGGCGCUUCGAGGAUGAGCAGUCACUUGGAGAGGUCAAUGCUUACUCCCUUGCCUAG